AUGUAUAUCCUCCCAGAAACACGCUACUUCCGCACAGUCUGCAAGUCGAAGUCGUGCCCGGCUAUAUCUACACCUGAGAUGAAGUCUGGACUGGACCAAGAAAGGCGUGAAAAGCUGCCACGUGCAACAAGCAUACACUACACCACUCCGACAAUCUUGGUCCUGUCCCUUCUUGGCGGGAUCUGCUUCGCUCUGGGACAUCACAUCUUCUACCAAAGUCUGAAUGGAAGGCCUGCUCUCAACGAAGCAGUGGUUCUCAAGGUAUCUCAUCAAAGGUUUAACCUCGCCGUGGGUAACGCGCUCGCAUUUGCUGUCAAAGUGUCCCUCGGCAUCGCUGCAUCUACGGCAUACUAUCAGGCGUUUUGGCGGACAGCUCGGAACUCCAAGAGUGGACAAAAGUUGGCGACGCUAGAUGCGACGUUCUCGGUCUUGGAGGAUGCGACCAGCCUGAUCAAUGUGACUGUGUGGUAUCGUUAUCCUCUGAUGUUCACGAUUGCAGUUUUGGCAUGGUGCAUCGCACUGGCAUCAAUCAUCACACCCUCAACACUAACCGUUCAGAACGUCCUGCGAGUCCCUGCUUUGACCGAAAAUCUUGAAGCACCAAACCUCGACUUCGCCAGCUUCGACUUCCUUGCUCCAAUGAUCUACAACGGCUCAGAGCAGUCCUGGCAGUAUUUUGGCAUCAACGACGCUGUCAAACGCAUCGCAUCCACGACCAUGGUAGGAGGGGAGAUACUCCCCAUCAGCGCGCCCUCCGGCUAUGCGAAUGCCAGCUGGACCAUCGACUUCUUCGGUCCAUCUCUGACCUGCGGCAACGCAACGCAGGAGGACGAGCGCGCGAUCUGGUACAAUGUGCUGGAUAGUAUCAAGCCAACACAGACCGCCCCUCCAUACUGGCCAUGCUAUGAGCUCAAUGCUUAUGCGUCGUGGUCGAACAACCCGACUACUUGGCUUCCCUACGGCACAGCUCAGCGUAUGUUCGUUGCCUCAACACCGUGGUCAGCAGAGCAGUUCCAGCGGAUAUGCGGCUUUGGCGAAGAAACCAAUAUCGUUCGAGAGAUAUACGGCAAGCCGGACAGUGCCGAGGACCCAUACCUCUCCGAGCUGUUCGAUACAGCGUCCCUUGUUGAGUGCAAGGCCGUCAAUGCUUCUUACACCGUGCACUUCGACUACAUCAACGGCCAACAGAACUUAACAAUCAACAUCGACAAGUCCUACAACCCCUUAAUCCCCAUCUACAACGUAACAGGCCCCGCUCCAACAGCCUCAAACCCCUCAACCCAUCAAAGCAGCGAAGCGGCAGACCCAACCUGCAGUACCUGGAACGCCCACAAAUCAAGAUGCACCUUCUCCGCCACAACCCUCCGCACCCUCUCCUACCAAUCCAUCACCGACGCCUUCUCCACCAUCCUCCAUGGAACCCUAACAACCUCCAACCCCUCCGUCCAACACCUCCUCUUCCCCCACAGCGACGUGCCCAAAACCCGCCUCACCUCCACCAACGACCUCGCCUGGAUCCCAGCCUACUUCCACUACCUCACGCCCCACACCAUCAACCUCACCGCCCAACUGGAGCUCCAAGCCGGGACCCAAUACGUCGGCCUCUCCAACACGAAAUCCACCUCCACCCCCCUCCAAGGCUCCCUCGCCACCGCCAUCGAGGACCUCUUCGCGAAUUAUACCAUCAGCCUGAUGAGUGAUCCCUACCUCCUGCCGAAUUACACCUCCCCCCGCGCCCCGCAACGCUUCCACGCCGUCACGCUGGAAGCUGACCAUAACGUCUACGAGUACGACUCUGCGACGUUGUGGAUUGCGUAUGGUGUCGCGAUUGGCGUCGCCACUCUGAUAACGGUGGUAGGACUGGUGGUGAUGUGGCUCAAUGGGGUGGCGUAUGAUGGGAGAUUUUCGACUGUGUUGAGGGUGAGUCGCGAGGCGAGUUUGGAGGUGAAGGAUGGGGGAGGGGCUGUGGGGCUGGGUGAGGAUGAAGUUGAUGAUGGACGACAAGCGUUGUCGCGGGAGCUGGGGGAGGGGGUGGUGAGGAUGCGGUGUGGGAGGGGGCGAGGGCGAAGGCUAGGGUGA